AUGUCAGAAUUGAUGCCAAUCAUAUUCAGUAGUUUUGGCAUAGGAAUCUGCUUCUGCCUUAAUCUGACGCCAAUUCCUUCGUUAAUCAAAGCAAGUAAAUCGAAAAAUCUUACAGCCAUCUCUCAUUUAUACUUGAUAGUUUCUGCUUUCAACUACAUGUCAUGAAUCAUUUACUCACUAAAAAUGAAUUUAAUUGGAAACUUGGUAAACAAUUGUGUUUGUUAUUGCUUAGACAUGUCAUGGGUGAUUAUCUAUCACAGAAUUAAAGGUAAUUUGCUGACUUUCCCCUCUGUGAGCGAACAAAAUAAUUUUUAUUCGCUUAUGGAGGGGUUAAUUUUUGUUUAAAUUUAUUUAUAAUAAAAAAUCCAAAAACUGGAAAGCAAAUAUUUAUUUAAUAAAAUUUAUGUUUAAAAUGCAUGCUUAAAAUUAAACUAAAUUAGCUAGAGAUUUCAUAAUAAUAAUUAUCACUUAUAUAUCAAUUUAAAAACAAAUUUUUUAUUAACUCACGGAGGAUGGUUUUUUUAUCUAAAAAUUAGGGAUUUUUCAAAUAGUUUUGCUCGCUUACAGAGGGGGAGUGAGCUUUUUACCUCUUUUUUUGAUUUCAACUUUUAGCGUUGAAAUUGCAAUAUAUCUUCUUUGCCCAGGUUUUGUCAUGGGAAUUAUUGCACUAUCAUUUUCUAUUUGCUUAUAUGCAGCACCUAUUGAGCAAUUAAAAUACGUAUUCAAGCUAAAAAGCCAUCAUUAUAUUGAUAUUUAUGUGAUACCAGCAUUAAUGUUGAAUGCUGCAGCUUGGAUAUGCUAUGGAUUUUCAGUCAAUGAUUGAUUUGUUAUAUCCCCUAAUUUUCCAGGGCUUUUAUUUUCACUUUUCCAAAUGAUCACUUAUUUUUGGGCUCGUGGAAAUAUUCGUUGUCCAUUUUUUGAAUGAAUUUACACAAAAUCAGGAAAAGAGCAUUUGGGUAACUGAGGAGAGAGAGAGAGAGAGAGAGAGAUUAGUUAGAGAGGUUAAGCAGGGAUUCUUUCAGCCCCUAGCCAGUCGGACUUCAGCUUCGUGCUUCAUGUGGCACUAAGCACUAAAGCCACCUAACGCCCUUUUCUGUCGACGUCAUCAAAAAUGGUGCCGUCGACAUCUUUCGGGGAGACUCACCCGAACCUGCUUGGGCCAAAUUUUUCAGCAAGGGACUCUCUUAACCCUGGUAGUGCUCAGGGUAUGAGGGAAACGUCCAAAGCCUCCUUCUGGAACUACCUCCGCCAUUUACAGGCAGCAUAAUGCUCCUCCAGAAGUGCCUGAUUGGCAUUGCGCCGUCGGUCUUCUCGUCUGUGGGUCGAGGGGAGGCCCAGUCAGCCCAAGCCGCCGCCCACCCCCCGGGAAAAAUCGCCUUCAUCCAACUCCGUGGCCCUCUGAGGCCGAGAUUUUUGUGCUCAGCCUCAGAAUCUGGUUUCUUUUUCUUCUGUUGGGACAAUGGACAUUCGCCCAAUGAUGGCGAAAAUUGGUAACUGAGGAAGAUUCGUCAAAAAAUCCUCAGGUUUAG